AUGAAUUCUUCAUUCAUCGCAUCUAGGUUGUUUCUUUCCCUGGUACCUUUUAAUAUUACCUCUCAAUUAGCUAUGCCAAAACCUAACACUGAUGCUAUAGAGUUUCUUAAAGGUAGAGUCUAUUUGGGCUCUUAUGACCAUGAUCCCAAUGACACAGAUAAAGUGGUAUACUUUACUUUGGAAGAUUCUUUGAUUUAUAAUUCUUUUCAUCUAGAUUUCGGCCCACUGCAUAUGGGUCACUUGUAUCGAUUUGCUGUCGUACUUCAUAACAUCCUGAAUGAUGAAGACAAUAGGGGAAAGGCAGUGGUAUUUUACUCGACCACCGAUUCUAGAGCAAGGACAAAUGCUGCUUGCAUGUUAUGCUGUUACAUGGUUUUGGUACAGAGUUGGUCACCUCACCAGGUGUUACAUCCUAUCUGUCAAGUAGAUCCUCCGUUUAUGAUGUUCAGAGACGCUGGUUACUCACAUGCUGACUUUGAAAUUAGCAUUCAGGAUGUCGUAUAUGCUGUUUGGAGGGCCAAGGAGCGCAAGAUGAUAGAUCUGACAUCUUUUAACUUGGAAGAAUACGAACAAUAUGAGCGAGUGGACCAAGGAGAUUUGAAUGUUAUUUCUAAAGACUUCAUUGCAUUUGCCUCUCCAAAGCAAUCAAGAAAGAAUGGACCAUUGAAUCAACCGUUUAAGAAAGUUUUAGACUAUUUUUGUAAGAAUGAUGUGCAACUGGUUGUGCGUUUGAACUCUCACCUCUACGAUUCAGAAGAGUUUUCCAAAAGGGGUAUACAACAUAUUGACAUGAUAUUUGAUGAUGGAACAUGCCCUACAUUGGAAUACGUCCAGAAAUUUGUCGGAGCUGCUGAGACAGUGAUUGCCAAGGGGGGUAAGAUCGCAGUCCAUUGUAAGGCUGGACUUGGCCGCACAGGGUGCCUUAUUGGCGCCCAUUUGAUCUACACCCAUGGAUUUACUGCUAAUGAGUGUAUUGCGUAUAUGCGAAUGGUCAGGCCGGGUAUGGUUGUGGGCCCUCAGCAGCAUUGGUUAUACUUGCAUCAGAACGAGUUUCGUGAUUGGAGACACUCUAUGGUGUUAAGCAAUGUUCCAGAUCCAGAAUUGGGCGGUUUGUACCCCUUAAUAAACUAUGAAGAGUUCAAAAGACUUCGAAAGCUGGACGCUAUGGAAGAUGAAAGCCUCUCGAGCACUCCAAUGAGAAGCAGGAAGAUCUCGGGGCAGUUCAAAAGUGCACAUACUGCUGUACCCCUAGAGAGUCCUGGUCAACCUCGUAAGUACAAACAAUCCCAAUCUCAAAACUCUGAUGACGAGGAUUAUGAGACCUACAUCGAUGGAGAAAUCAUUUCCAGUACGUCGAAAGAGAAUGAGAUGACUCCAAGAAGAAAUAGGUCACUCUAUGAAGUUGAAACGUACCAUACAAGUCCAGUCAGAUCGCUGACAAACCCUAAUGGGAAUGUUACUCUUUGCAGAACGAAAACCACUACCAAGAUGACCAUCUCUUCUUCACCACCAUAUUCAACACAAGACACGGAUACUAUAAAAUUACCCAAAAAUAGGGCUAGGAUUUCUUCAGGACGGAGAACACCCUCUCAAACGCUUACUGGUGAAAAACUACUGGGACAAGGGAUUCGAAAAAUCAGCAACAGAAGGUCAAGAAUACAGCAAUAA